AUGCCAUGCGACACGAACCACAACGGAACAAACGGGCCCAAAGAAUUCAUAUCCAAAGCAUGGGGACUCGGCACUGGCUAUUUUUAUGGCCAGGAUGACGUUUCGUUUGUAGCGGAUCCAUUUGACAAGACGAGUGGUGAUAAAGUGCUUCGUGUUUUAUAUCAAAAGGGCUCAUUUUCGCCGAAGGGUACACGCAAUGAAAAAGGCGACAUCACCGGUGGGACCGAGUUUUAUCUGCGUCCAUUCAAUGAUACAUCAUUUAAGCGUGGAUACGUCCGCUACGAUGUUGCUUUUGAUGAAAACCUUGACUGGGUCAAAGGGGGUAAGCUGCCUGGCAUCUAUGGAGGUGAGCCUACAUCGGGUUGUACAGGUGGUAAGCAAGCAGAUGGUACAAGAUGCUUCUCUGUCCGGAUGAUGUGGCGUGAAGAUGGACAUGGUGAAGCAUACGCCUACCUGCCACCAUCAAAUGAUAGGCUUUGUACAAGCUCCCUAGUCAAAUGUAACAGCGACUAUGGUACAUCAUUGGCAAGAGGCUAUGUAAAGUUUACCAACAAGAAGUGGUCCAGAGUUGAAAUAUAUACGCAGAUGAAUGAUCCUGGCAAGAACAACGGUGAGCUCCGGGUUUGGCAGGACGGCCAUUCAGUUAUUGAUCUCAAAGGUCUCGUUUUCCGAAACCAAAAGUCGUUUGCUGUAUCCAGUGUCCUUUUUAGCUCCUUCUUUGGCGGCUCGUCCAAGGAGUAUGCAACACCCAAGGACACUUAUACGUACUUUAAAAAUUUGCAAUUCAGUGUCGCCGAUGAGCAACAACUUGAACCUGUAAUAUCUGAGGCAUCUACCCCUUCUUCAUCAACACUACCAUCAACCUGGUUGAUGGUCUUUGUUAUUCUUACUCUUCAAAUGCAUUUGUUUGUAUUUUCAAACAUUCGCCUUUAA